AUGUCUUUAGUGGUCUACAAUGACGAUCGUAGUGAGCUCAAAGUUGUAUUACAUGACCCACAAAGAGACGCUAUGAUAAUUCAUGACACAAAUUCCAAUAAGUUCCAAUUGAUCAAAACGACACAUGAUCACUCUGAUGGUUAUGGUAAUAACAAGAAUCUUCACUCGCAACUGAGUAAUGAUAUUCAAUGUCCCAAUUGUGGCCAUGCUAUAAGAAAUCCGGGUGCACCAUCACCAUCCACUACAUCUUCUUCCGCCCCUCCAACCAAGUCCCUAACACAGCAACAAAGUAGUUUUGAUAGAAGAGGAUCUGACGUUUUUAACAACAGAUUCAAUAGAGAUUUCAAGUAUAUUAAUAAUAACUAUUUUAAACUUUUAGCUAUAUCUUCUAAUGCCCAUGAAGGCGUUGAAGAUAUACAGGAGCCUCAAUUGUUAGAUAUGAACCAGGCUCCUCCACAACCAAAGAUUUUUUCUUUAGAUAACUCUAGCCAAACAAGUAAUACCAAAGGAAUGGUCGCUUCCUCAAAACUAUAUGAAGAAUUACCAAAAAAUCUUUUCACUCAUGACUAUUUCAGGAAAUUCUUCAAAAUUGACAAAUUAUUGGGAAGAGGAUCAAAUGCCUCGGUUUAUAAAGUUGAGCACUUUAUUAAUGAUUUUUCGUUAGGUUUUUUUGCAGUGAAAAAAAUUGCAAUUGGGAAUGAUACCAAGGGUUUAUUAAGAAUUUUGAAAGAAGUAGAGUUGCUUUGCUUGUUGAGUACCUCGAACAAAAAUCUAGUUAAGUAUAAUCAUGUGUGGUUAGAAAUCAGCCAAGCCAGUGACUUUGGUCCCAAGGUGCCUUGUGCCUUCAUUUUAACUGAAUACUGUGAUGGAGGAAAUUUAGAAGAGUUAGUGAACAACUUGAGCCACCCAAAAGCUGAUAUUGAGGCACAAAAGCAGAGGAUAAGAGAGCUUAGAAAACAGAAAAAGCGAGGCACUGGAUUUCAUCAAGAAAAAGGCCUAACGAGUCCAAAGUUUCUCAGCUUGAUUGAAGUCCUCAAAUUCUUCAAAGAUAUAGUAACGGGAGUCCACGAAUUACAUUCCAAUCAUAUCAUUCAUAGAGACUUAAAACCUUCAAACUGUUUGAUAUCCAACAGGCAUGAGGAUUUACCAAGUGAAUUUGAUCAAGCUGAAUUUAUUAAUGAAGAGAAAUACAAGAAGUUUUUGUCUUUACCUAGAAUUUUGGUUUCUGAUUUUGGGGAAAGUCAAUUUGAAGGGAAGCUCAGAAAUUCAACAGGAGCCACAGGUACUUUAGAGUUUGUGGCGCCUGAGCUUUUGCUUCCAAAAAGUCCAACCAGCACCUCUUUAAAUGAAUUCAGUAAAUCAACUGACAUGUUUGGCUUAGGAAUGAUUUUGUUCUUCAUGUGCUUUGGUGAUCUUCCUUAUCAAACGACAUUCUCUGAUUUAGAUUAUUCUUCUCUAAAGAACCAAAUUAAGAAUUUUGACAUUAUUGAAUUCUUCAAUUCUUCAAACUUCUACGGCAAAUAUCAACGGGAGGAUUUAUCAAGUGAGAUUUAUAAUAUUAUGAAAAAUCUUCUUAGCAGAAACCCUAUCGAAAGACUUUCCACAUCUGAAUUGUUGAAGCUUUUACAUCAAUUAAUCGCCAAGGAGCUAUAUUCUGGUAGAUUUGUUCCUAUGGAAGGCUCGUUAGUUCUGCUGUUAGAUGAUAAUUAUUCUUCUAGCACACACACAAAUGGGAAUAAUGACAAGAGCUACAAGAGCGAAAAUGAAAAUUAUCUUGCUAUUGCUGAGACGAAGACGGAUAUUAUCGUGCCAAUCAAAGUUCCUGGUCAAAAGGAUCGGUCGCUCUUCAAUAUUGUAAUAUCCAGAGUUGAAAAUGACUGGCGAUUUUAUAUUAUAGCAAAGCUAUUGGUAGUUUCUAUUGAGAUUAAAUUGAUUUCCUACUUCGUAGAGAAGUAUUAUUCAAAUAAUUAUGAAGAUUUGGGGGACGAUUUUAAUAAGUUUCUGAGAAUCUUUGAUGGGGGUAUUUUGAGUUCAUUUAUGCGGAGAGAAAAAUAUUUACUUUUGAAUUUGUUGGUACUAGGCAUGACUAUUUCUACUUCCAGUAUAUCAAACUCACUCUUUGUGAUAGCUUUGCUGGCCUUUAUUGAUCAGGCAUUAUUUUUGAUGAAAUAG